UGUCCCCCCUGCUCCUCCUCUCCGGCCUCGCCGCAGCCCCCUCCUCCCCACCCCGUGCCCCCGCUCCUCCCGCCACUGCCAGCUCUAAGAUGCCCCGCUAUGAACUGGCUUUGAUCCUGAAAGCCAUGCAGAGGCCUGAGACAGCUGCGGCGCUCAAACGCACCGUGGAGGCUCUGAUGGAGAGAGGAGCCAUCGUGAGGAACCUGGAGAAUCUGGGGGAAAGGUCUCUGCCUUACAAAAUCUCCAGGCACAAGGAGCGCCACAAGAGAGGAGGGUAUUUUCUGAUAGAUUUGGAGGCUCCCCCUUCCAUCGUGUCCCCCAUGAUGGAUCAUUUGGGUCGGGACAUUGAUGUCAUCAGAAGGGCUUUUAUCAAACACCCCAAGGUGGCCAAGGCAGAAGAAUGUGGUGGCAUCAUCCCAGUCAGCCCUGAAGAGAAACUCUCCUCCAAAAAAAACUGAAAAUCUCAAAUGUUUCAAACCUUUCUUAAUCAUUUUUUUUUCUUUUUUUUAAUUGCUGCUGUGGAAAAGAAUUGUGAUAAUUCCUGUCCAGCAUUAAAAAAAAAAAAUCCCUUUAUGACCAGGGGAUGUGUGUGGUCUAUCACAAUAUCCUCAUUAUUUUGGUUCAAAUAAUUGGAAUGGUUUUAAUCUGGGUGCUUAUCUUGAUAUUUGACAACUCUGCAAAUUGAUUUGCUUUUCUCUCAGAGCAUUAUGUUGAUAAUGAAGAUUUCUCCAGCAGCAGGAGGCUAUAAAUAGCAUUUUUUCCAGAGAUUACUCCAGAAUAUGGAUAUUUACAGGAGAGAUUAAGAUGUCUGCAGUGGAAAUAUAGAAAUCUAGGAUGUGAUUUGGUGGGGGGGUUGUUUUGGAGGGGAAAAAAAGGCAAUAAAAGUGUGGUUAAAAAUAAAACCUGACACGUUUUUUGUUUUUUUAAGUAUUAAAAAAUCCCCAAACCUGCACUGCCAAAAGCCACCUCAUGGUCCUCGAGGUAAAUAAUGUUCAAAGCACAGGUAAAAAAUCCUUUUUACAGAAUUCCAGGUGGGAAUUAGAAAC